ACAUUUGUUAUUGAAAGGAUUGACUAAACUCAAAUCCUCAAGGUCGCUCCCAAAGAUGCCUAAUAUAAGCAGCGGGUGAUUAGAUCCUCCUGCUAAAAUGUGAUAUAUGAUGUGUUCUGCUAAAGUUGCCGACGUUAUUCCAGCUGUUGUCGCCUGGAGUCUUAUAGUAGGUAUCACGGCGGUCUACCUCACCUUCAUUUGCUUCCAGUUCGCUGCAACUUACUCUUGGUCUAUAUUUGUUCUUCAUGCUAUCCUAGUUUUCUAUGUGUUAUGCUGUCUAACACGAACAACUUUCAUGGACCCCGGUUAUUUCCCUUUCGCAACGGAAGGAGAGGCUGAAUAUGAAGAAACUAAGUCUGCUCCUGUUCAUCGUGAAUAUAAUAUUAAUGGAGUAUUAGCCAAAGUCAAGUGGUGCAGUACAUGUUUGUUCUACCGUCCCCCAAGGUGUUCACAUUGCUCUAUUUGUAACCGGUGUGUGGAUACUUUUGAUCAUCAUUGUCCUUGGGUCAAUAACUGUAUUGGGAAAAGAAACGCGCGUUACUUCUUCAUGUUCUUGGUUUCGCUUACACUUCAUAUGAUUGCCGUGUUUAGUAUAACCCUAGCAUCAUUAUUACUUAACGAUCAGCCGAUCGUCUUCUAUACAAAUAUUAUACGAAUUAUUACACUUUCUCUAGUUGGUGUUAGUUUUAUUCCGGUUUUUGGACUAACUUCAUUCCAUGUAUAUCUAAUAUCCAGAGGAAUGACAACCAAUGAACAAGUUACAGAUAAAUUUCGUGGACUGUUAAAUCCAUUUACAUUGGGUUGUUUGUUAAACUGGCGAAGGUUUUGUUGUGAACCUCAAUUUCCUCGUCGUUAUUUGGAAGUAGGUCCAACAAAAUCCCGUCGUAUUAAAUGUUUUAAAUUGAGAAAAAGUAGAUUUAGCAAAUUCAAUCAUUUCAUGAUUAGUAGUGGUGGCGCUGAUCCCGGGUGUACUGAUGAUGCCGUUAUCAAUACAUACACAGAAUCAAAUCAUAAACUACUCAUGGAUAAUAUUAAUCAUAAUUAUAGUACUGAGAACGACACUAUGCCUGACAAUACUGAUACUAAAAUGCCUAAUAUCAACAGUAAUACAUUUUAUGACAAAAAAUCACUUGGUGGUGGGAAAUAUUUAUACACUUUAAAAGUUCCACAAAACCAUUCACAUCAUCAUCCACGUCAACAAUUAACUAAUCAAAACCAGGGUAGUACUCGAUCAACAAAUCAAUUGAUACCACGUGGACCAUUAGUUUGUGAUAAUGAAGAACCAUUAUCUUCGAUUAUUAAUAAUUUAACAUCAAAUCGUAAUAAUGUAAUGACAACGGCGAUAACAACAGCAACAACACCGACUGGAAACCAUAAAUUGGAAGGUAAUAAUGAUACUUGCUCAAUUAAUGAACAAAAUCUACCAUGUACCAACGUUAGGCCAUCCGCUGAUUCACUCGGUACUUUAGACAGUGCAUAUCAACCACAUCAAAAUUCAUGUAAUAACAGCGGCAAAGUAUUGGUAGACACUGCCAGUAUUAGUCUUUCAGGUUGGAGUGAAGAUGCAGUUUCGCUGAAAACAUUAGAUCGUCUUAUCGGUAUUACACGUCAUCAUCAUCCAACGAUUGGAGGAAAUGACAGUGCAAUUGCCACAAGCAUUGGUGGGGGUGGGGGUGGUGGAGGUAGUAGUGGUCCAACUUAUUUAACUGUUGAACGUAUUCAAGAAAAUGGGGAAUCACUGAUAGAUUCUUCAACUUCCGUUCUAGAUCGAAAUAUUUCAACUGAUCAAGAUUCAACACACUUUUUUAAUUUUAACGGUUCACAUAUAAAUGGUUAUACGGGUAUAUUACCUACUUCUACAGCUGAUUCAAUCAGUCAACAUUUUACACAUACACUACCUCUUUAUCAACAAAAUAUUGUACGUUCACUUGGUGAGAAUGAUUCCUACUGUAAUUUCUAUGAUGGAAGUGUGACAGGUGUUAUUGGGAAUGAAACCAGUGGAACUGUUGGAGUCAAUGUUAUACCAUUAUCUAUUAACUCUUUAUCGAAUACGUUCAAUCAUGUAGAUAAUUCUUUAUCAGUUAACGAUAAUUAUCAUGUUAAUUACUCAAACACGAACGAUAAUAAUUCUUUAUUCAAUUCUAAUCCAUUAUCGAUUAAUAGUAGUACUAAUCAUCCAAUCACCAGUAGAAAUCGAACACAAUAUUCUACCACUACUACUAAUAAUAAUGAUGGUGGAUCUAUGUUUAUGGUAAAUGAACCACAUAUUUCUGCUUCUAAUAAUUUAGAAUUAUUGAAUCCUUCGCGUUCAACAAUUAAUACUACUACUACUACUAAUAAUAAUAAUACUCAACAUGGUUCCAUUGAAUUACCUUACAUUCCGUCACUAUAUCAUACAAGAGAUAAUAGGAAUAUCAGCAAUAAUAACAAUAAUAAUAAUAAUAGUACACAUCCACCGGGAAAUUAUGCACAAGCAACAUUUGUUAAUCAAGUUUUUCAUGGACAGUCAUCUGAUCAAUCGUCGCCUAAUACAAGUCGUUUCAGUUUUAUUUUUUCACCAUUAGACGUUAAUGCACCUCAUGCAUCACAAGAGACUCUAAGUACAGCUACAUCACAAACAUCUAUUCCUCGACUUGGUUCACCAUCUAGUCCAAGAGGUUUUCCAUCAUCGUCUCAAUCUCAUAACAAUAGGGGUCCCGUAAAUGAUUCAUCAGCACCGAUCGAUUAUGAAACUGAUGAUUAUUGUGUCAGUCGAACUGGUACUAUGCUACCAUCAAAUCGUAUGUCAAAUUAAAAAUAAUACAUUAUAAUUUCUAUAUUGUUGUUUGCUUGUUUGUUUGUCUUUAACAUAAUAUUCAUCAUUCAAUACCAAUUAGACUACGGCGAUAAAUACCAACUGCUUCCAAUAUAUUUCCAUACAUUUAUUGUACAACAUUAUACGUGAUAUUAUUGAUAUUGACAAGGUUUAUUCCAAUUUAUUGUUUCAUUAUCUCCAACCUUAUUUGUUUUCAUGAGUAGCAUUUGUUUAUCAAUCUAUCAAUUGAAAUAAGCAAAACUUUUCGAUUGUAUGUAUGUGUGUGUAUGUUUUUACAAUUUCUGUUUGUAUACAGCUUCUUUUUCGUUUUCGUUUUUCAUGUUAUUGUACACACUGUAGAUAAAGGGUACUAUUUACAAAAACACACACAAUCAAGACUAAUAUUUUCACUCACUUGCACCUAUCAUACCAAUUCUUCUUUUUCUGUUUACUACUCAUCAUUAACAUCCAUGUACACUCAAUUAUUCCUGUCUGAGUUUCAACUGUUUUACAUCUCUCUAUCUCUCUCUAUAUAUAUGUGUGUAUGUGUUUGUACUCAUAUACAUUCUUUUCCUAAAUGUCUAAUCUCUGUCUACGGUGAAUAUAUUUCUUUCGUGAAUGUAGACUUUUUGUAUCUACCAAAUACUUAAUCAAUUAGUUUUACACUUUAUUUUCUCAUCGAUAUCAGUCAAUGCUACCGAGUGGUUGUUAUUAUUACUAUUAAUAACAGUAUUCUCAAGUGUCCAUGUUCUCAUGUUUACGUUUGUGUAUUUGCAAAAACUAUAAAACAAGUUAAAAACUAUCUUCUUUUAGUUCAUUAAUUCCAGUUGUAAAAGAAAAGAACCCUAGAAUUCAUAUGUAAAUCUAAAUUGCCUUCUCUCAUGUAUAUGUGUACAACAUAAAAUAUAUUUUUAUCAAAUUUCCAUUUGAUUGUCUUAUAAUCAUUGUCUACCUUCCUUUUGUGAAGUUAGUUAUCUUCAGUGUUCUCUCUACCAUUGGUGACACUUUCUGUCCUUACUUAAUUUGUUUCCUCUCUUUUUUCUCCUAAUCUUGUUUUUUAUUCCUUUCUGUUACUAUGGUGACCUUUAUUCACCUCAGUUUCAGGUUACAGAUGUGUACUAGGAAUAAGUGAUUGAGUUAUUUUCAUUCCAUCAUACAUUUUAUGUGAGCAUAUACCUGAUAUAUAUAUAUAUAUAUACGUGUGUGUAUCAGUUUGUGUUUCCAUGUGUUGCGUAUGCGAACCUCAGUGUUUUUGCAAAUGUUCUACUGUUUUGUAUGAUGAAAACGUUAUGCAACAUUUGACUAGUAUUUACAUAUAUGUAUCUAUUUGUAAUGUCUUCAUUUUGCUUACUACUUAUUUAGUUAGUUGCUUAAAAAUUUCUAGCGAAAUAGUCUUCCUGUUUACUGUCCUCGUUUUCAGUUUCCAGAUUACUUGUUUAAGUCUGUUAUCACCUAUCUGAUGCCCAACUGAGUAUAUUACAAUUAAAGGAGAGACAUUUUGUCAUAUGGGAAAUUGAAUAAUGUCAACAGUAUGCAAUAACUAUUUGCUGUUGCAAUAUCGUUGUUCCUCCUUUCUAAAUAGUGCAAAACUUGUAAAAUUCUGUGAUUUGAAAAGGGUUUUAAUAUGUACAUUCCGUUGUUCCGA